AUGGAGGCGAAACUACAGUCGCUCAAGGUGGCGGAGCUCAAGGCGCUGUUGACAUCGGCGGGGCUGGCGGUGUCGGGCAACAAGCCGGACCUGAUUCAGAGGCUGCUUGAGAACCCGGCUGCCACUGCGUCGCUCGGAGGAGAAGCACAAGAAGCGGCUGCUGCAGCUGAACCUGCUGCUGCGCCGGAAGCAGUUGUCGAGGCUGCAUCCGAACCUUCUCCAGCGCCUCCAGCAGCUGCCCCGGCGUCGGUUUCGGAGGCAAAAGCAGCUUCGCCAGCGGCGUCUGCUGCGGCAGUGCAGGCUUCCGAGUCGGAGCAACGCGAUGCGCUCAUCCGGGAGCUGGAGAAACGCAAGGCGCGCGCGGCCAAGUUCGGACAGCCGCUGGGCGAGGCGGAACGCAAACUCGAACGCGCGAUCAAAUUCGGGCUGGCAGCAAGCGACGAGGCGGACGUCGCCAAGCUUUCGCAACCGCUCGGAGCGGGAGCGCCUACGCCGAAGCGAGAGGGCAACAAACAAAACAAGGCUGCACAGCCUGCCCAGCGCGUCGAGAGCGAAGAGGACAAGCAGCAGCGCUUGGCGGCGCUCGAGGCGGAAAAGGAAAAGGCGCGCAAGCGCGCCGAACGCUUUGGCCUCGUUCCGAAAGAGUCGGGUGAGGACGCCGACAAGAAGCGCAAGAGAGACGCGCGAUUCAACAAUCCCGACCCCACAGCCGAGGACAAGAAGCUCAAGACGUAA